AAACCGGAUUCGAUUGUCCAAAAUGGGGGAAUUCAAUCCAAUGAGACAGAGCAAAUUAUGUAUGCAACAUCUUCGAUUCUGUCUCCAACACCACAAAGUUUCUUCCUUUCUCAUCAUCUUCCUCCAAUUUCAUUCCUUUAUCGGAUUAAUUUUCUGGGCUUUCCUGUAACAACAAGUUGCUGCUAUGGUGGAGACAUUGGUCUCGCUUCGUUUUGUAAACGACGGAGUGGUAUACAGAGACGGAGGAAUCGAAUUUUCGUAACCAGAGCUAGAGCCUCUCCUUACGAGAUUCUUGGUGUAUCUCCAUCAGCUACUCCUCAAGAUAUAAAGAGGGCUUAUCGUAAACUUGCUCUGAAAUAUCACCCAGAUGUUAAUAAAGAGGCAAAUGCGCAAGAGAAGUUUUUGAAAAUAAAGCAUGCAUACACUACACUGAUAAACUCUGACUCACGGCGUAAGUACGGUUCAGAUAGUCGUGCCUCUGGUUCGACGGGUCAAACAAAUCGAAAAGGCAACAGUCAAGUCGAGGAAGAUUUCUAUGGACUUGGGGAUUUCUUCAAAGAUCUUCAAGAAGAGUAUAAAAACUGGGAAGCUAGUGCGUCCUCACAGGGAAAACCGAAAAGUCUUUGGGAAGAACUAGCGGAAAUAGGGGAAGAAUUUGUAGAGUUUCUUGAGAAAGAACUUAACAUUAGCGAAGAAGACAAUGAAGGAUCAAGCAAAAACGGAGAAAGAUAUGAUUUUGAAGAAAGCUCCUCAACAGAGAAAUCGUCGUCAGGGAAGAAUAAUAAUAAUAAUAGCACGAAGAACAGUAUAGAAGACAAUAUUGAUGAGAUCGAAGCAACUCUUGCUCAAUUGAAGAAAGAUCUUGGCUUGCAAUAAUCCCAUGAGUUAUAUUAAAAUCUUUUUCUUAUG